AUGGCUCCUUCGGCGACCAACACCGAGUGGGAUCACCAGUACAACACCCUCCGCCGCGAAAAUCUCUUCCGGAACCCUCCCAAGGAUCACACCGCCUACCCGGCUCUGCAAGAAGCUGUUAGCCCCCAUAUCGACUCCUUCAAUGCCGUUUUCAGAGCCGACGGCAAGAGCCUCCUCGACCGAGGUCUAGAGGACAUUGGCGUCAAGACCUACCUCGACGGCGAUGACAGGUCUGGCCCCGAGGGGAAAAACCGAUUGACUAUUCGGUACAAGGGCGUCUCCCUCCAGAAGUCUCAACUGCCCCCAUCCAACAAGUUCGCCAGGAACCGCGAGAUCCUCCCGUCUGAGUGCAGAGAACGCCACUGCACCUACCGAGGCAGACUUUCCGCGACUUUCGAGUACAGGAUCAACGAUGGCGACCCCAAGGAAUUUGUUCGCGAGCUCGGUCAGGUGCCCAUCAUGAUCAAGUCCAACCGAUGCCACUUGGAAGGCAACUCACCCGCCCAGCUCGUUGCGAAGAAGGAGGAGUCUGAAGAAUUGGGCGGCUACUUCAUUGUGAACGGAAACGAAAAGAUCAUUCGAAUGCUGCAAGUCAACCGCAGAAAUUUCCCCAUGGCCAUCAACCGUCCGAGUUUCCAAAAUCGUGGCCAAGGCUAUACCCCGUACGGCAUCAUCCUCCGCUCAGUCAGACCCGACGAAACAUCACAGACCAACGUCCUUCACUACUUGAGCGACGGUAACAUGACGUUUCGUUUUUCCUGGAAGAAAAACGAGUACCUCGUCCCCGUUAUGAUGGUCCUCAAGGCACUCGUGGAGACAAACGACAGAGAGAUUUUCGAGGGCCUUAUCGGGCUGUCCUCGUCCAAGUCGGCCAAGAACACGUUUCUUACGGAUCGCGUUGAGCUACUGUUGCGCACCUACAAGUCGUACGGUCUCCAUAGCAAGACUGAGACGCGAGCGUACCUCGGCGAGAAAUUUCGUGUGGUACUGGGCGUUCCCGAUACCAUGUCCAACUACGACGUUGGUACCGAGUUCUUGCGCAAGAUCGUGCUCGUCCACUUGGGCAACGUCAACGUCACCGAAAAGGAGGACAACGACAAGUUCAGAACACUGCUCUUCAUGAUCAGGAAGCUCUACGCUCUUGUCGCCGGCGACUGCGCCGUCGACAACCCUGAUGCCAUUCAAAACCAAGAGGUCUUGCUUGGUGGUUUCCUUUACGGCAUGAUCAUCAAGGAACGCCUUGAGGAGUUUCUGACAACUGCUGUGCGAUUGUCACUGAGGGAAUGGACCAGAAAGCAUCCGGCCACGCCCUUCACGUCGCAAGAUUUCGCCAAGGAUUUCCCCGCCAACAUCUUCAGGCACGCCAAUGAGAACAUCGGAAAUGGUUUGGAAUACUUCCUUUCGACGGGUAACUUGACGAGUCCGUCGGGCCUCGAUCUACAGCAGACAGCAGGCUUCACAGUUGUCGCGGAAAAGCUCAAUUUCCUUCGCUUCAUCAGUCACUUCCGAAUGAUUCACAGAGGUGCCUUCUUCGCUGAGCUGAAGACAACUACAGUCAGAAAGCUCCUGCCUGAGUCUUGGGGUUUCAUGUGCCCUGUACACACUCCUGACGGUGCUCCUUGCGGUUUGUUGAACCAUCUGGCGCACAAGUGUAAGAUCAUGACGGAAGCUGUCGAUGCAUCCAAGAUUCCUGCUCUGGUGGCAGAGCUUGGCGCCGUAGAGACGUCGUCUGCUGCAACGGACGAGAGCGUCGUCAUUAUGCUCGACGGUAGAAUCAUCGGCUUCUGCACUCCCCGCGAGUCGUUGAGAAUCGCUGACACACUUCGUUACUGGAAGGUCGAGGGCUCUCAUGGCGUACCUUUGCAGCUCGAAAUCGGAUACGUUCCCCCUUCCAACGGCGGCUCUUACCCCGGAAUUUACUUGGCAUCUGCUCCCGCUCGUAUGGUGAGACCUGUCAAGUAUCUUCCCUUGGACAAGGAAGACUUUGUUGGACCUCACGAGCAGCCUUACAUGUCGAUUGCCGUUGUCGAAAACGAAAUAGUUUCUGGAGAGUCAACACACGUGGAGUUCACUCCUACAAACAUGCUCUCUAUUCUGGCCAACAUGACUCCUUUCUCCGAUUUCAACCAGUCGCCCAGAAACAUGUACCAGUGCCAGAUGGGUAAGCAAACCAUGGGAACACCAGCAACUGCUCUGCGGCACAGAACGGACAACAAGAUGUACCGAUUGCAGAGUGGUCAAACCCCCGUCGUACGAUCGCCUUUGCACAACACCUACGGUUUCGACAACUUCCCCAACGGCACGAAUGCCGUUGUUGCCGUCAUCUCGUACACCGGCUACGACAUGGACGACGCCAUGAUUCUGAACAAGUCGGCCCAUGAAAGAGGAUUCGGACACGGCACCAUCUACAAGACGAAGAAGGUCUCUCUCAAGGACGAAUCGAGGACGCGAGCCGUCAAGAACAUCUCCAAGCUAUUCGGUUUCGCUCCAGGUGGUUUCGUCAAGGGACACUACAAAGCUCAGCUUGACGAAGAUGGUUUGCCGUUCGUUGGCCGCAUGGUCCAGGAGGGAGAUGUCCUGUGUGCAUGGCACACGGUGUCAGCAGACUACAGCGGAAAGCUGAUCAACCUCGACGGGCAGACCCACUACGAGAAGUACAAGGAGUCCGAGACAGCAUUCAUCGAGGAGGUGCGCGUGAUUGGAAGUGAGACAGGUAACGAGCCCGCUCAGACCAUCUCCAUCAAGCUCCGAGUUCCCCGAUCUCCUGUCAUCGGUGACAAGUUCUCCUCUCGUCACGGACAGAAGGGUGUUGCCUCUCAGAAGUGGCCGGCCAUUGAUAUGCCCUUUUCUGAAUCAGGUAUUCAGCCUGAUGUCAUCAUCAACCCUCACGCUUUCCCUUCUCGAAUGACCAUCGGUAUGUUCGUCGAGUCGCUCGCCGGUAAGGCGGGAGCUCUUCAUGGCCUGGCGCAAGACUCGACGCCUUUCAAAUUCAACGAGGAGAACACGGCGGCAGAUUACUUCGGCCACCAGCUAAUGAAGGCUGGUUACAACUACCACGGCAACGAGCCUAUGUACUCAGGCAUUACUGGAGAGGAACUGGCGGCUGACAUUUACGUCGGCGUCGUUUACUACCAGCGUCUUCGUCACAUGGUGAACGACAAGUAUCAGGUGCGAACAACAGGACCUGUUGUGCCGACGACCGGUCAGCCCAUCAAGGGAAGAAAGCGUGGUGGUGGUAUCCGUGUGGGAGAGAUGGAGCGUGACGCGCUGCUCGCUCACGGUACUGCCUUCCUCCUGCAAGACAGACUCCUCAAUUGUUCAGAUUACACCAAGAGCUGGAUCUGCCGCAGCUGUGGUUCGUUCCUCUCUGUCCAACCGACAGUGUCGCCGUUCGUGGGUAAGAAGAAGCAAGUCACGACAGUCCGUUGCAGGAACUGCGCGACUCAGCUGGACGCUAGCGAUGCAGCCAGCGCCGCGAAGGUGGAGGGGGAGAUUUGGGAGGAUGGGCAGGGUAACCAGUGGGUUGGAGGUGAGAACACGACUGUUGUCGUCGUUCCUGGUGCGCUCAAGUUCCUGGAUGUUGAGUUGGCGGCCAUGGGUGUGAAGCUGAAGUACCGCGUUGACUCCCGCGACGCACCCCGCAAGGGCCCGUUGAAGCCCAUGUCAUCAUUACCUUAG